AUGGCUCAGAGCAUAGAAGCCCAGAACUCCGACAACAAGCCCGACAUCAACGUCACAAACAACUACGACGUUGAUGUCGGCAGAGUCGAAAAUGUCGAAUCUUUCAGCAAAAGCCCCGAUGCAGUCGAUGACAACAUCCUCCUCGCUCAGGGCCACGCCCCCGUGAUGAAGCGAUCGUUUGAUCUAUUGGGCACGCUUGGUCUUGGCUUCAGCAUCACCAACUCCUGGGUGUCAUACGCCAGCUGUUUCGGACAGAGUUUGCUCUACGGAGGUGCGCAGGCGACUGUGUUUGGACUGAUAGUCGCUUGCGCAGUGCAGUGGCUUAUCAUUCUUGGUCUUGCGGAGCAAGCCUCGGCGUUUCCAUCUUCUGGAGUCAUUCCCAUCUUUACCAUCCCACAGAAGCACCUCGGAAAGUGGACACAAGCAUGUCUCGCGAUAUCCGUCCUCGGCUUCGUCGUCGUCACCAUCACGAUCCUCGCCAUGAGCGACGGGUACAACCACCCAAGCUUCAUCACCAAAUUCUACGGGACAAGCGGCUGGCCUGAUGGCGUUGCCUGGGUCAUGAGUAUCGGCAACGCCAUGUAUGCUUUCGCUAGUAUGGAUGCGGUGAUCCAUGUCGCUGAGGAAAUGCACCACCCAGGGAAAGCUACCCCUCGAGCAAUGAACCUCACGAUGAUCAUUGGUCUCCUUACUUCAGUCCCGUUCAUCUUGGCCAUGAUGUUUGUCAUCAAGGAUCUAGAUGCUGUCAGGGCUGCGCAUCUACCAAGUCUUGAAGUCUUUCACCAGGCUACUGGCAGCAAGUCGGCUGCACUCGGACUUCAGUCUCUUCUUGUAGUUAUCUUCUACACAUGUAUGCCUAGCCAGUGGAUUACAUGCGGCCGAUUGACUUGGGCCUUCUCACGAGAUCGUGGACUCCCAUACUCCAACUACUGGAAUCAUAUCUCCCCCUCUCUUGGCUUCCCUGUCCGCACGACUGUGCUGUCUGUUGGGUUCUGCAUCAUCUACGAACUGCUCUAUAUGGCCAGUAGCCAAGCCUUCAACUCUAUCAUCACCACUGCCGUUCUUGGUGUCAACAUCUCGUACGCCGUCCCUCAAGCCAUUACUCUGAUCCACGGUCGGGAGAACAAACUGCCUCCAAGACCGUUUAAACUCGGAAAAGUCGGGGGCUAUCUCUGCAAUGCGUGGACCCCUUUGUGGGUUACGACGAUCGGCAUCUUCAUUUGCUUCCCUAAUGCCAUUCCUGUGGCCGCUGGGUCAAUGAACUAUGUGUGUGUUGUACUCGGAUGCAUGAUGCUUAUCCUCGUUGGUCUCUGGUUCACUGUUCGUCGUUAUUUCGAUGGUCCGGCUAUCGACUACGAAAUAUUGGGCUUGAGUCGCCCAGAGUAG